AUGAGCAACUUGAAUGUUAUCCGUGCAGACUUAGGAUCUAUGUACUCACGGGCAGCGGUGCUUCGUGAUGGCGCCGUCGAAGUUAUAGCCAUGAUCCCAUCACCAUCUUCAAAUCCAAACCCACAAUCUCUUGAUAAGACGUGGAAAGAAGACUUGACCCAACUUUUCCAAACUUUUAAGGAGCGCGCUGAUGCCUACCUGGACCAUAAUUUCUCUCAUCUGACUUUCAUUGCCGUUCCAAAGCGAUAUGGCGAUACUGAGCGUCAAGCCGUUAAAUCGGCCGCCAAAGACGUCGGUCUAGAUGUCUUCCGUGUCAUAUAUGAACCAGUCGCGGUGACAAAUGCCUACGGAUUCAAGAAUACCUCUGGAAUUUACAAUGUUCUGGUUUUUGACUUGGAAGGGGUGACGUGCGACGUUACUUUGCUCGAGAUCGAUGACGGGGUUCCCGAGAUUCUCGCUUCUGCGAGCGACAGCGACUUCGUAGGAGAGCGCCUCAACGGCGGACUGGUUGAAGAUUUGGCUCAAGCUAAUGAGGACCAGAGAGGGUCACCGGCAUCUGCAGACAGGUCAUCAGACAUUGCAGGGAGGUCUUCUUCGCAGGGUGUCCACCAAGCCCCCACCUGCGAAGGAGAUGAUGCUUCUAUUCCCGGAUCCAUGUUAGAGCUAGUGGAGCACUCGAUCUUUCUCGUAUAUCAAGUUCUCAAAGAAGCGAACGUGGCGAGGGAGGAAUUGGACAAGAUCAUUCUUACCGGAGGAUCUCCGUACAUGCCAGUGAUCCAGAAAUUACUUCACGAGCACUUAUCCAAGGAUGUUAGCACGGACGUCAAUCCUGAGGAAGCCGCUGUACGCGGUGCCGCUAUUCAAGGCUAUGGAAUAAGCCGGCCGGUGGAUACGACAGAGUUGCUCCGUCAGAUUUGGCCACAUUCUCUGGGCAUAGAAACCUGCGACGGGAUUGUCAGGUACAUUCCCGAAUUCCCAAUAUUGCCAUUUUGUAGAACGUACAACUUUUCAACAUCAGACGAUAAUCAGACCUCAGUACGCAUUGCGUUGUUAUCCGGAGACCGCGACCUUGCGAGUGAAAAUCUUCUGAAGGAGUCGUUCGAGCUCAAAGGGAUAGCACCCGCUCCACGAGGUGCAUCACAGGUUGAAGUGACAUUUGAUAUAGACAACAAUUACUACCUUCGAGUGUCCGCGCGCGAUAGAGGGACGUCGGCUUCCGUCGGUUUUUCGGCUUUCGAUGAUAUUUGGUUUCAGCGUGUCAUCGAAGAUGCCGAGUGGUUCUCCGGCCAGUUCAUCUUGGGGGGUAACGGGAUCGACUGUUUGCCAUCAGGCCAUGCAACCGUUACGGAUGGUAAGGAUCCGGAUCGACCUUCGGUUCGUGAUGAGCUAUGA